AAAAAUUGAGGCAAAGCCGCGUCGUUACCGGUAGUGCUCGCCCCGCCCGCCCGCCCGCGAACGGCGGCAGCGGUACGCGGCGGCAGCCGUUGGGGGCGGCGCGAGACGAGGCCCGUCCCGCCUCCCCGUCCAGCGGCACCAUGGCGGCCGGCGUGGAGCUGGGGUUGGUGGCGGCGGCGGAGCCGGGCGGCGGCUGGCGGCUGCGCAGCCCCUACUUCCCCAGCAAGGUCGGGGGGCGGCCGGCGUGGCUGGGCGAGGUCGGGCUGCCGGGGACCGCCGCCCUGCGCUGCGGCCUCUGCCAUCAGCCCCGCGCCUUCCUGCUCCAGCUCUACGCGCCGCUCCCCGACCGCCCCGACGCCUUCCACCGCACCCUCUUCGUCUUCGCCUGCCGCAACGCCGCCUGCUACCGCCUGCCGGGCCCGCGGGGGCCCCUCUGCGUGUUCCGGAACCAGCUGCCGCGGCGGAACAACAUCUACCCCGAGGAGCCGCCCCCGGAGGACCCGUCGCCGCCGGGCGCCGCCUCCGCGCCCCCCCGCCGGCUCCGCAGCGGCGCCGCUCUCUGCUGCGUGUGCGGCUGCCCGGGGCCCCGCUCCUGCGAGAUCUGCCGCUGCGCCAACUACUGCAGCCCCGAGCACCAGGCCCUGGACUGGCGGCGAGGGCACCGGCGCUCCUGCGGCCUGCUCUCCGCCAUAGAUGAAUCAGCGGAUGCAAUUCCAGAGCAUAAUGAAUUCCUUUUUCCAGAAUAUGAGAUUUUGAUAGAACCUGAGGAACCGGAAUGUCCCGCUGACAGCAGUGUAGAUCCCGAUGAUGAACAAGGAGCUGCAGAUACAUCAAAAGACCCAAAAGAACAAGAGGAACUCAGAGCUACAGGCAGUGCAGAUGAAGCAUUUCAGUCCUCAGAUGAAGAGACACUGGAAGCAAUGGCAAAACAUGAGUCUGAAGAGGACAAGGUCUUCCAGAUGUUUAAAGAACAAGUAGAUGCUGAACCAGAGCAGAUUCUUAGGUACUGCAGAGGAGGAGAGCAAAUCUGGGUAUCAGGUGAAAAUAUUCCUGAAGAAAAAGAUAUUCCAAAUUGUGUAUGUGGUGCCAAGAGGAUUUUUGAAUUCCAGAUUAUGCCACAGCUCCUGAACCACCUUCAGGUUGACAGCCUUGGAGAGAGCAUUGACUGGGGAACGCUGGUGGUGUACACCUGUGCUGACAACUGCGGUGAGGGAGACCAGUACCUGGAAGAGUUCAUAUGGAAACAAGACUUCUCUGCAAGCUCUUUUUUCACUGAGUUACUGAGUUGAGUCAUCUAAAUAAAUACUUGCUUUGUUUCAUUGUACCUCUGCACUUUGCAACCAGGUAAUUAAACUGAAGUCACUGAUAGUUCUAACUGUCACUCUUAGAGUUACUAAAAGUAGACCUUGAUAGCCCCUCUCUUGUGCUUCACGGGAGCGUUAACUUCAACCUGGUAACAAAGCCAGAUGCAUCUGUUUAGUGGAUUUCACUUCAAAUCUCAAUUCUAAAUGUUUAAAUAAAGAUGAAACAUUUUUGGAUUGCUUAAA